CCCUUGCUCUGUCUCUUGACUUUCUUUACUGACUCCUCCAUCCCCUUCUGUUUCCUCUUCUUGAAGCUCUCAUUUGUAGAGAGAGAAGACAUACCGUUGGGUUUUGGAAAGAGAGAGAAAUGAAAGAAGGGAAAGCCUUUCUGAAGUCUAGAAUGAAAUGGGUUGGCUUAGUUGGUUUAGUUUUAUCUGCUUUUUCACUCUUUGUACACUUUUUGCUAGCUAGAUUCACUGAAGAUGGCUUCUCAGAAUACCAGUCAUCAGUAACAGUCUUCUCUUGGAGACCUAUUUUUGAAACUUCAGACCUUUCAAGAACGAGCCCAUUGUAUAGAAGACUAUGGCGUCCAGUGGGGCAAUUGGAAUCUCUACACCCAGAUGCAAAUCCUAGAGGAUACUAUGCAGCAGGUCCUAGUGCUCAGACAAAUGGGUACAUUUUUGUCAGAAUACAAGGUGGUUUCCAUGAGAUUAGGAGCUCGAUAUGUGAUGUGGUUGCGGUUUCUCGGUUUCUUAAUGCUACUUUAGUUAUUCCAGAGAUUCAACAAACAACAAGCAAGAAGGGAAUCAGCUCACAGUUCAAGAGUUUUGCAUACCUCUAUAAUGAGGAUCAAUUCAUGGCGGCUCUAGCAAAAGAUGUUAAUAUUGUGAAAACCCUUCCUAAAAGUCUUAAAUCAGCGAGGAGAAAUAAGGAGAUCCCGGUGUUCAGAGUGCCACACUCAGCUUCACCAUAUUAUUAUUUGCACAAUGUGCUCCCUGUUUUGAUCAAGCAUUCUGUAGUUGAAAUAGUUGUUUCUGAUGGUGGAUGCUUGCAGGCCAUUCUUCCACCACAUCUUGAAGAGUAUCAAAGACUCAGAUGUAGGGUGGCUUUUCACGCCCUUAGGUUCCGAGAGGAUGUUCAGGAACUGGCAACUAAGAUUUUGCAUAGGUUACGUGCUCCUGGACGGCCAUUUAUUGCCUUUGAUCCUGGGAUGACAAGAGAUGCUUUAGCCUGUCACGGUUGUUCUGAACUCUUCCAGGAUGUGCAUACUGAGCUCAUUCAGCACAGAAGAUCUUGGAUGAGAAAACGUGGAAUAAUAAAGGGGCAGCUAUCUGUAAAUUCUGCAAAACAACGCCUCAAGGGUUCAUGUCCAUUAACGCCAGAAGAGGUUGGUAUUCUUCUUCGUGCUUAUGGAUACUCAUGGGACACAAUCAUAUAUGUGUCUGGAGGAGAAGUUUUUGGAGGCCAAAGGACAUUGAUCCCUCUUCAUGGAAUGUUUGAAAAUGUUGUUGAUAGGACUUCCCUCAGCACAGUUUGGGAGCUCAGUAAAAUUUAUGGCCGUGAGGUUAACCUUGAGGAAAAUUACCCAAAGGCUCCACCAUCUGCUCAGGUUGAAAUGAAGCUUGAUGCAUGGAAAAACUCUGGUCCUCGUCCUCGUCCUCUUCCACCUCCUCCUGCCAAACCAAAGACUUACAAUAUUGAAGGGUGGUGGGGUUGGGUGGCUGAGAGUGAUAAUGAGCCUGAAAGUACAGUUGUAGAGUUGAGGACUAAUGCCCAUAAAUUACUAUGGGAAGCAAUAGACUAUAUUGUUUCUGUUGAAGCUGAUGUUUUCAUCCCUGGAUUUGAUCGUGAUGGUAAGGGACAUCCAAAUUUUGCCAGUCUGGUUAUGGGACACAGAUUGUAUCAAUCAGCUGCAUCUAAAACAUACAGGCCAGACAGGAAAGAAGUUGUCAGGCUUUUGGAAGAAAUCCGUGGCCACAUAUAUCAUGCAAACCAUACCUGGUUAACAACAAUACGCAGGCAUUUGCGGAGCUCUUUAAUUGAUGGACUGAUCGAAGAAUCAAAUAAAUCAAAGUCUUCAUCUUUUCUUUCACAUCCAGUCCCUGAAUGUUCUUGCUUGAGGCUUGAUUCUGGUGAAACAUCAUCUAAUUCUUCAAGUAACACAGCGCACUUGCAAGUUCAGACUGCUCUAGGAGUCGUACAUCGUUGCCCUGUUUGGAUGGAUGGUGAAAGAAGUUCAAGCUCAAAAGAAAAGGAAAAUGAAGAGGAUAUUGAUGAAAAUGAUCCAUCAUCAUCUGGAUUGUUUUUUCAGCACAGUGGAAGUCAGGAUGUUGGAGGUGAAGAUAUAAACCUCAAAGAAGAAUCACAAUUUGAGGAUCAAGAAGAAGAUGGUGGGGAUUGACGAUAGGAGCUUAUAACUUUUGGUUAAGUUCCUAAAAUGCAGCGCGUUGCAGUGUCAAUGUACAUAGAUAUAGCCUCUGCUGCUAACUUGCAGUAAGCAAGGAAUCUUGAAGUCUGAUUCAAGAUGGAGAAGCAAGGUUCCUAACAGAAAAUUCUCACUCAUUAAGCCUGUAAGUUUAGCUCACCCUUUUUCAGAUCCAUCGGAUGUGAUAUUUUCACAUAGUAAUGGAUCAUAUAAUUCUAGCCUCGCCAGAAAAAGCUAUAGUUCCGCUCUUUAUGUAAGCCUGCAACCAAUUUUGACUAGUCUUAGCUUGUUUUCUUAAUGGAAAAACAUAAAUUUUGUUAUAUAUCUCAGGAAAUUCUCAAAAUUUUUAAGGGAUUUUCAUGCUUGAAAUUUAUGUAACAUGAUUAAGAACAAAAUUAGACAGGCGUCUUUGUUUAGUCCAUUAUUAAAUAUACUAUUCUUUAUCCUUUUGUGA